AUGAUUCUCCAACUAAAUAGACUAAGAUUCUCCCACCAUAAUAACCACCACCGCAUGUCGGAAGUAUCUUUAUCACCUCUGCAAGCUUUCCGGUCCAUUGUCACCGGAAACCUACACAGAGUACUGGAAAGUCAGAAACUUGGAUCGGAGUUCUUGUCCUUCAAAUGGAUCCACCAAUGUUUUCAGGUGUUACCCAUAUUGAACAACGAGUUUGCUAAACUGAUGGCGGAGAUAGAUUAUCCAGUGAGCAGUUGGGAAGCUGGCUCCAUUGACGAGUAUCUUGAUUACACUAUGAACUUGUUGGAACUCCUGAACGCGAUUAAUUCUUCUAUUUCUCAUCUUAAUCAAGCUCGUGUGUCACUCUCACAUGCUUUGAGCCUUAUGGAAAGCUCCCCGGCUAUGGGUGUGGAACGGAUGAGAGAGAUUACAUUGCAUGAUUCCAUCAAGGGAUUUAAAGGUAGUGUAGGGGAUGAAGAAAGGAAUCGGAAAGGGAAAGAAAGGAUCUUUCAUGAAGCUAUUUUGGUAAUGAAAGGUACUGCUUUUUGGAUUUGUGGGGUUGUGUUAUCUGGAUUAAGGAGUGAUACUUGGCCGCUUAUGGAGAUUAUGGAAAGUGGGGUGGUGGUGGAUUGUUCCUUGAUGCCUCUUGAAUAUUCCAUCUUUAGGAAUAAGAUCACUGAGAAAAGGGGAUUGGUAAAGGAAGUGGAAGAUGUGAAUGAGACUGUGCGUAUGAUUGUAUCCAAGGGAAUUGGUGAUUUUGAUGUUGCGAUGGAGUUGAAGAGAAGAUUGGAGAUGGUUAGAAAUGGAUUGAAGGGUUUAAAAGAAGAAGAAGAAGGUUUAUUUGCAGAUGUUAUGGCUGCUAGGAAUGAAGUGCUUGAGACACUUAGAAGGAAAAAUAAAUAA